CCUUGAGCGUGUUAGGAAAAGAAAUCCGCGGGCCGCUGAGGAGUCCGGCCUUCCUCCUGUCGCAGCGGCCGAGUGGUUAAAGUGAACCAUGGCCAGUAAUCACAAACCUCCAUCAGCUCGCCCUGUUUCCCGAGGUGGAAUUGGGUUGACAGGAAGGCCUCCUUCUGGAAUGAGACCCCUAUCGGGAAGUGUUCGAGUGUCAACUGGAAUACCACCUGGAACAGCAAGACCAGGGUCUCGUGGUGGUCCCAUAGGGACAGGAGGUGUUCUUUCUUCUCAAAUCAAAGUUGCUGAUCGUCCUGUAACACAACAAGGUUUGAGUGGAAUGAAAACUGGAAUAAAAGGUCCCCAGAGACAAAUUUUAGACAGAUCUUACUAUCUUGGUCUUCUUAGAAGUAAAAUAAGUGAACUUACAACAGAAAUUAACAAACUUCAGAAAGAAAUAGAAAUGUAUAAUCAAGAGAAUUCAGUGUAUUUGUCAUAUGAGAAGAGAGCUGAGACUUUGGCUAUUGAAAUCAAAGAGUUUCAAGGACAACUGGCAGACUACAACAUGUUGGUAGAUAAACUUAAUACCAAUACAGAAAUGGAAGAAGUAAUGAAUGAUUACAAUGUGCUUAAAGCUCAAAAUGAUCGAGAAACACAAAGUAUGGACAUCAUAUUCACUGAAAGACAAGCGAAAGAAAAACAAAUUAGAGGUGUUGAAGAAGAAAUUGAACAAGAAAAGCAAGCAGCAGAUGGCAUUAUAAAGAAUAUGCCACCUGAACAACAAAUGAAAUACAUGGAAAUGAAAGCCACAAAUGAGAAGUUAUUGCAGGAAUUGGACACACUUCAGCAACAACUAGAUUCACUGAAUAUAAAAAAAGAGAGCAUGGAAACUGAAAUAGCACACUCCCAAGUAAAACAGGAUGCUGUAUUGCUGCAUGAGAAACUUUAUGAAUUGGAGUCCCAUCGAGAUCAAAUGAUUGCAGAAGACAAAAACAUGGGAUCGCCAAAAGAAGAGCGAGAAAGAUUACUUAAGCAGGUCAAAGAAGAUAACCAGGAAAUAGCCAGCAUGGAAAGACAGUUAACAGAGAUAAGAGAAAAAAUUAAUCAUUUUAGUGAAGACAUCAGACAACUUGACAUGGAUUUAGAAGAACAUCAAGGUGAAAUGAAUCAGAAGUACAAGGAGCUUAAAAAAAGAGAGGAAAAUAUGGAUACUUUUAUUGAGACUUUUGAAGAAACUAAGAAUCAGGAACUGGAAAGGAAAGCACAAAUAGAAGCCAGCAUUGUUGCACUUUUGGAGCACUGUAGUAGAAACAUAAAUCGAAUGAAACAGAUAACCUCUAUCACCAAUCAAGAGCUAAAGAUGAUGCAAGAUGACCUUAGCUUUAAAUCUACCGAAAUGCAGAAGUCUCAAAGUACAGCUAGGAAUUUGACUUCAGAUAGUCAACGUCUACAAUUGGAUCUACAGAAAAUGGAGCUUCUGGAAAGUAAGAUGACUGAGGAGCAACAAUCUCUAAAGAGUAAGAUUAAGCAACUGACAGCUGAUCUGGAGACAUACAAUGAUUUACCAGCCUUGAAAUUAUCAGGUGAAGAAAAGAAAAAGAAAUUACAUCAGGAGAGAUCAGUCUUAUCAACUCGCAGAAAUGCCUUUAAAAAAAUAAUGGAGAAGCUAAACUUAGAGUAUGAGAGUCUAAAAACACAUUUACAAGAAAAUGAGACACAUUCUCAGCUUACAAAUUUGGAGAGGAAGUGGCAACACCAUGAGCAAAAUAAUUUUGUAAUGAAAGAAUUCAUAGCAACCAAGAGUCAAGAAAGUGACUACCAACCAAUUAUGAAGAAUGUGACCAAACAAAUUUCAGAAUACAAUAAAACUAUUGUGGAUGCUCUACACAACACAAGCAGAAACUGAAUCUAAACCAGCUGAAAGACUAAGCUGACUGGAAAAAUAGCUUUCAGUUAUUUUAACAAAAAAAAAAAAUAGUUUUGCAUGUUCUUUGAAGAGUGAUAUUUUAAAUAGUGUAAUGGUUCAAUAGAAUUCACAUAUGAGUUUUAUCUACUUUCUGUUUUGUUAUGAUGAUUUAAACAAGGUCUCAAAGAGGGGCUGUGAGAGCUCAGAAAACUAACUACAUGUUUUUCAGGUGGGAGGCCUGGGUGUGAUUCCCAGUACCUUAUGGUACCAUGAAUACAGGCUGGCCCAACACCUCCUCCCCCCAGAACACAAUCUCUCUGCCCUGCACCUUAUAUAUUUUUUAUUUUGUCCCAUCUAUGACAGGGAAAACUUGUGGUUUGAAAGGUAUGCUGUAGGACCAGGAUGUUGCUGAUCUUGCUUGAGGCUCAGGGUUUGAACGCCAGUACCACAAACAAACCAACCAGAG